CAGGCUGGUAUCGAGGGAAAAGAGGAAUGUCGUCACUGUUUUCCGCCAUGAUGGUUUUACAAAAUCGCUAAGCCUCGUGCAGUUGAGGAAAUUUUACGGCUUUCGUGAAAGGAAUCUCUGCUUGAAGUCAGUGCCGAUGUUUGAGAUAACAGAUACAUGAACGAGGACGACGUGGAUGAAACAACCAGUCUAAUGUCGGGCGAAGUAGUCACUCAGAGUUUUCGUGAUAACAGAAACAGUGACCGCCGGAGUCGAAGAAAUGGACAAAAUAACCAAAUAACAGAUACGAAUGAUGGGCCUGAACUGUUUGAAGAAGGUGGUAAUGAAAGGCCAUCAAGGGCACGUCAGAGAAAUCAGGGCAGAGAGCAAAGGGUACGAGAUGUAUCGCCCAAUGAUAGUGAAAUGGAUGAGGAGGAGAUGCUCAAAUAUGGAGCCAAGAGUGUUAUGAUGUUAAUAGUUCCUGUUUCAACCUGUAUGUUGGUUGUUGUGGCAACUAUAGCAUCAGUCACAUACUAUACACGGAGAGAAGGCACAUACCUUGUGUACACACCAUUUCAUGAGGAUGGAAACAUAAGCCAGGCAAGGAAGGCUGGAGAGGCAAUAGCAAAUGCCUUCAUAGUGAUUGGUGUUGUUCUGGUUCUCACCGUUUUCCUUGUGCUGCUUUAUAAGUUCCGAUGCUAUUGUGUAAUAUCAGGAUGGUUGGUGCUAUCGUCUUUAAUGCUGUUAUUCUUCUUUGGCUACAUUUAUUUCCAAGAGGUGCUGAAGGUGUACAAUGUAGCAAUGGACUACUUCACAUUAUCAUUGAUAAUCUGGAAUUUUGGGGUUGUAGGAAUGAUUUGCAUACAUUGGAAAGGACCUCUUAGAUUACAACAAGCAUACCUUAUCUUAGUUAGUGCUUUGAUGGCUUUGGUUUUUAUCAAAUUUUUGCCAGACUGGACUACUUGGGCAAUAUUGGCAGCUAUUUCACUCUAUGAUUUGUGUGCUGUUCUAUGUCCCAAAGGGCCUUUGAAGAUUUUGGUUCAAACUGCACAAGAACGAGAUGAGCCUCUCUUCCCAUCAUUAAUUUACUCCUCCACCAUGAUGUGGUCAAUUGGCAUGGCUGAUAGAGACAACAGUGAAGGUGCAGGAGCAAGAGUGACAUCAGUCACACGAGUUGAUUCAGAAGACGAGGAGGAAUUACUAGAGUCUACUGAAGGGGAAGGACCCACAAACGAGACAAACGAGGCUGCAGAAAAUGCUGUGAGGGCCCUGGGUUCACGAGAGGAAGAACAACAAUCACCAAAUGAUGGUCAAGAUAGUGAAGAAGAAGAAAAGGGUGUAAAACUAGGCCUUGGAGAUUUCAUAUUCUACAGUGUUCUGGUUGGCAAAGCAUCCUCCUACAAGGAUUGGAACACAACAAUUGCUUGCUUUGUAGCUAUACUUAUUGGUCUGUGCUUAACACUCCUCCUCCUGGCAAUCUACAAAAAAGCUCUACCUGCCUUACCAAUAUCAAUUACUUUUGGACUCAUUUUCAACUUUGCCACAACUGAGCUGGUUAAACCAUUCAUGGACAGCUUGUCAAGUCAGCAGGCCUUCAUUUGAGCUUUUGGAACAUAAACAAUAUUAUCAUAUUUUGUAUUAAAAGCUGCAGAGAGAAAUGGCUAUUGAAUUAGAAUGCUUGUUAUUUUGGGGGCAAUCCGUGUUAGUAAUGAGGCUGUAUUACUGUUAUUUCAAACAUAUUUUUCUUUUCGUAAAAAAAAAAAAAAAAAGUGAGAAAGGAAAGAAGCAUGGACAUAAUACAUUUUCCUUCACUCAUGACAGAAAUUUCAUCUCCAAAUUUCAUUGUUAAAUUUGAAGUAUUUAAUAUGUACCUAUCUUGAACAAACUUUUGUGAACUUCGCUUUUAAACUCUUCCAAUUAAUGGUAACAGCAUCUAAAUAAUAGUUCUUCAGAAAUCACAACACAGGUGGUAGUUUCUGAAUUAAUAAUGAUGAUAACAGUAAAACAUGGCAUCAUAUUCUAUAAUGCUACCACUAAGGGUGUACAGUAUUUUUCCUUUUUUUUCCAAAUGCCUAAAUACACAGCCAUUUGACUGGCUUUUGUGGAAAAAUCAUUGUUCUGGUAUUGUUUUGGAACAUCAAUUCUGGUCCCUUAAUGAUUGCCUAGAACUCAACAUAUGAUUGCUAUUUUUUUAGUGGUGAUUAACAUUUUGCCUUCUCCUUUGUCUCCCUUUCUGCAAACUUAAUUCCUUAUAUUUUGUUGAUAAUUAACUUUUGUAUUGAUGUACCAGUCAUGAAGUAGUUAUCUUUUGCUGAAUUGAAUCAAUCGAAGCUUUAGUUGGGACAAUCUUGGAAAAAGUUUUAACCCUUUAAUUCUUAAGAUCUGAUUGUUACUUCUCUCCUUUAGCUGCUACACAUUUCCUCAUAAAUUAGUCAAUUAAUUAAUUAAUUAAAAGGGUUAAAAAUAAUGAACAAACUUAGUGGGAAAGCAAAAUGUUCUUGUAAAUACCAAGCAAUGAGUUCAAAUCGAAAUCAUUUAGUUUCCUUCAAUAAACUUAAGCGAGUAGUUUAUGCAGUAAAUUAUUUAAAAAUGAA